UCGAUCUCUCCUUUCAACCGAAAAUGUGAGACACGCGAAUUGUUCUGUAAAAUGACCUCACGUGAUAAUACCAUUUUUGCGGUUUAAGUUAUGGCUUCCACGGCUGCAGCUAAGAGGGGGCGUCCACAUUCUCAUAUCCACAUCAUGCCGGCAUGUUUCGAAGAAGUAAACUGUGGCCCACCUACUGGGCCGGAUCUCAUAUCCAGACCCGCAAGACGCCAUUAGCGUGCUGCUCUGGAAGCAGGAGCGUCAGGGGAUCCAAAGAUAUAUUUUCCAAGAGGAAGAUGGUAUUAUAAGGUGGUAGCGAUUAUUAAAGCGUAUCAACGAGAUAGAACAGAUCGACGGUGCAAAACUGGCAGCCAAUCCGAAUCUCUAGAAAGCUCAGCCUUCCUUCAGCUCCCAACUUUCCCGUUUUUUACAGGGGUCCGUCCAAGGGUGCAGGGGUAAAUGCCACAUCCUCUAACCGACAUCACGUGCCGCGAUUGGAAAACAACAUGUCAACGGCUUGCACGACGUUGAACGUUCAUCAGCGCAUUUGCAUUUGAAGGAUGCGCGAUACCCCUGGAAUAUGGCGGCUUUAAUAGUCGAUGCUCUUGCUUUGCACAUCAACCUCAAACGCGACCCCGAGAACAGUGAUCCAAGGGUAGGAUCAGCGAGGAAUGGUUCGACCAGCGGUGGGACAUUAUCGAAUGCCACCAAGGGAACUAACACCUCCUCCAUUCCGGGGCUGUUGGCCACGCUCGUCCCGGUUAUUGUCUACGCGGUUGUGUGUUUGCUGAUAUUCUGGGGCUGCCGAACACGCUACCCUCGUGUUUAUUCCCCGAGGUCGAUUCUGAGCAGUCUAGAGCCUCAUGAACGCCCCAAAAAACUACCAUCCGGAUGGUUUAACUGGUUGAAGCCGCUCUUCAAGACCCCAGAUCUAGACGUCUUGCACAAAUCGUCAAUCGAUGGAUUCUUAUUCCUGCGCUUCCUCAGGAUCCUCUGCACGAUCUGCAUCGUUGGGGCCUGCAUCACGUGGCCAGUUCUUUUCCCGUUGCAUAUUCUGGGCGGUGGAGGCGGGUCUCAGUUGGAUGCAUUGACGUUUGGGAACGUCAAGAAGCCGUCAUGGUACUUUGUUCACGCGUUUUUGGCGUGGAUCUUCUUUGGGUUUAUCCUGUACAUGAUUUCUCGGGAAUGCGUGUAUUACAUUAACCUGCGGCAAGCAUAUCUUUUAUCGCCAUACUAUGCAAAGCGCCUUUCUUCGAGGACCGUGUUGUUUACCUGCGUUCCUGAGCAAUUUCGCGAUGAGGCGAGGUUGAAGAAGCUUUUUGGAGAUUCGGUUAAAAAUGUUUGGAUACCGACUUAUAGCGGCGACCUGGAUGAUUUGGUGAAGGAGAGGAAUCAAACUGCAUUGCGACUGGAGGAUGCCGAGAUUGAACUGAUCAGGUUGGCUAAUGUUGAGCGGAAUAAGGUGAUGAGGAAUGGGAAGUCUGAUAUUGAAGCGAAUACCCCUGCAAGUGAGAUGGAGUCGAAGGGGGAGGAAAGUCCGGAGAAGGAUGUGUCCACGCUGCCUACGAACGUGGCUGGUGGAGCUACGUCGGGGUUUGAGUUGGCUGAUAGAGGGGCUGUGGCGUCGCCUGAGGUGAUAGGGGAAGGGGUGGGUGCGACAGAGUUGACUGUUGGGUCGUCGGCUUUGGAAUCGGUGGAUGCAACUUCGGAGGCUGGUGGAGCCUCGUCGCCUCUAGGAUUUACCAGUGGUGCGUCGCCUAAGUUGACGCGUGGAGCAAGCAUUGCGUCGGCUUCGAACUUGCCUGGUGGUGUCACGUCUCCUUCAGGCCUCACAGAUGCGACUCUUGCGUCUCCUUCAAGCCUCACAGAUGCAACCCUGGCAUCUCCUUCAGGCCUUACAGAUGCAACUCUGGCGUCUCCUUCAGGCUUCACAGAUGCAACUAUAGUAUCGCCUGCCUCAGAUUUCACCGGAGCAACUCUUGUGUCGCCUUCAUCAGCCUCAACAGACGAAGCAACUAUGGUGAAGAGCAAUACCAAAGACUCAAAGAACGAGACAUCCUCCAUCACCAUAACCCAAAGCCAAACCCCAAACCUGGACACACCCAACGCCGAAUGGCCAGAGUUGAAAUGGGGAAUCCAGCGCGGCAUUCCUAAUGUCAGGGGGUCCGUUGCAGCACAAUGGAUACCCGUCCACUGGCGACCACACCAUCGCCCAUUGGCAAACUAUGGGCGCCGAGUCGACACGAUCAAAUGGACGCGGAACAGGCUGAAAGCGCUGGCGCCUAGGAUAUAUAAAUUGCGACGAAAGCAUCGCAAUGGGGAUGCCAGACGUAUGCCUGCUGCCUUUAUCGAGUUUGAUACCCUCGUAAAUGCCCAGAGCGCGUAUCAGACAUUGCCACAUCACCGACCAUUCCACAUGACGCCGCACAUCAACGGGAUCCGACCAGAGGAAAUCGUUUGGUCGACUCUGCGCAUGAAGUGGUGGGAACGGAUUGUGCGGAAUUUCAUGGCGACAGCAGUGGUCGCAGUCAUGGUGGUGUUUUGGUCCCUUCCAGCAGCAGGAGUCGCAUUGAUAUCCAAGAUUGAUUUCCUGACAGACAAGGUUAUUUUCCUCAGAUGGAUCAACAAAUUGCCGAAACCAAUUCUUGGCCUUAUCACUGGCCUUCUUCCCGCAGUGGCUUUGUCACUGCUGAUGGCUACUGUGCCGAUGAUUUUGAGAGCUGUCGCGAGACAAUCUGGCGUGCCUUCGCUGUCCAUGAUCGAACUGUUUGUGCUAAAGUCAUAUUUCAUCUUCCAAGUCGUCCAGGUCUUCCUCGUUACGACCCUCACCGCGGCCAUAUCAGCCUCUCUCACGAAAAUAAUCGAGAACCCGCUGUCGGUUCAAAAUCUCCUGUCUGAGAGUCUCCCCAAAGCCUCCAACUUUUAUGUUUCGUACCUCAUUCUGCAAGGCCUGGCUAUGAGCGCAACGAGGGUUGUGCAUCUGCCUUCGCUUCAUCGAGCGGUGUUUGCCAACGGAAAGACUCCGAGGAUGAUGUCGACGAGGUGGCACCGCCUGAAGACGAUCCAUUGGGGGAGCGACUUUCCAUUGUUUGCCAAUAUGGGUGUAAUUGUAAUAAGCUAUUCGUGCAUUGCCCCUAUAAUACUCGCAUUCGGCGCCAUGUGUUUCUACUUCGUCCACAAGGUGUAUCACUACAACCUGCUGUACGUCUACUCGUCGGAAGUUGAUACGCGUGGGCUGCUGUAUCCCCAUGCCUUGAUGCAGAUUCUCACAGGUGUGUAUCUCGCCGAGAUAUGUCUCAUCGGGCUUUUCGGCAUCCAGGCCGCCUUUGGACCGCUUCUGAUGAUGCUUAUGCUUGCUAUCUUUACCUUUUUGGUUCAGAUAUCUUUGAACGAUGCGCUAGGGCCGCUGUUGUAUAAUUUACCGCGAUCCCUUUCGGUGCAGGGGCUGUACGAUGAUCUCGAGGAGGAAGAGGCUCCGAUAGUUGUUGAGGAUUUGGAGACCCAAUACGACUCCGAUUUCGAUCCCGGGGAACCGAAUGCCGUGACGCAUGAGGAGUUGGGAACGCGUGGAGUCGCAGUGGAGGGGACGAAGGGGUAUUCAAAGGUAGCCUUUCGCUUUCUGUCGGCGUCCAUGCAAGAGAAGUUCUCCGCGAGGGCUGGAUCAGUGUCGUCGUUCUUUCAGAGUAUUGAUUUUUGGAGUGCUUGGAUCUCUCCGGAUGGUACAAAUCCGAAGCCGAACUUCCUUCUGAAGUGGCUUCACCCAGAGGUUUUUCAUGAUUUUAAUGCGUUGCGGGGGAGGAUUCCGACGGAUCUGCCAGAUCCAGAUUAUACGCCAGAGUUGCUUAGGGAGGCGUAUCUGCAGCCGUCGCUGAAUAAGAUUAACGAUCCGAUGCUGUGGAUUCCGGCUGAUCCAGCGGGAGUGAGCAGGCAGGAGGUGGAGCACUCGAAGGGGAUAAUAAAAAUUACAGACCAGAUGAGUUGGUUGGAGGAGAAGAAGAAGAGUUGGUUUCAGAUGAAGAAUAGGGGGGUGAAUGUGAAGAUACGGGUUGAUUUUGAUGCAGAAAGUCCUGUGGUAAGGAAGAGGAUGAGAUAUUAAUAGGAUAUAAUGCUUUUCUAUGAUAUAUUUGCUGUGCUGGUCUUUCUACAAUUAUUUAAU